CAACUACACGAUUUCUGCGAUUCGUAGUCUUCAGUGAUCAAUGGUCCAGUGACUCGCACGGGUGGCGCUUCAGCCUAAAAAAACACAGCUGCGAUCUGACAUAAUGUUACACCUGAGAUUUGUAUUUAUGGGCGCUCUGCUGGUUAUCCUGCUCCAAGCUAGUCAGCCCACUGAUGGCUUCAUCCUGCGCCUGAUCACCGAGUCUCUGCAGAACAAUGUGGCGGGAGAGCCCAUCCUGCAUGAGAGGACUCAGUGGAACUUUGAUCCGGAGGCAGCCAAAAAAGCUCGGGCAUUGUACUACGAGAAGAAUGGUUUCCGGUCGGCCAAGUUCAUAGAGCGACUGGGCGUGGGCCUGGAUGGCCAGCACGAGGAGCGGCGAAAGGAGCAGGUCGAGCGGGAUACGGGUCGACUGAACGGAGAGCACAAUGUGAAUUAUCCGCCUCCCCCUGUUUAGUCAUAAAUAAUAAUAAUUUAAAUUUAA